CGGACAUCUUGACAGUACACAUCUUGAAAUCGAAAGAAAAACAUGAAACCUCUCUUGUCUUUUGCUGCUAUUAUCAGCGUUAUUUUGUCGCUUGCUGUUGAGGGAAAUUCCGACAAUAAUCUCCAGUCUGCCGAUGAAUUUCGUGGCUAUAUAUUCGAGCUUCAGGAGGGUGUUAAUCGUCUGCUACGCGAUGUGGAAUAUUUAAAUAAAAAAGCAUUUCGAGAAGCUAAGUUGUUGCAGCAACUUAGGACCCAAAAGCUAACAAACGAGGGAAACACAAAUGUAUGCGAGCCAUUAAAUGUCUUCUUCAAUAAAACCCAAGUAGAGUACAGUGUCCUGGAGGACACAUUGCUAGCCAGCCUAAAAACCAGUCAAAAUGAACAAAAUUCCAAUCUCAAUGGGAUUUUGCAAAGACAAAAGGAACACAUCAAGAAAUGUCCUACUAAUACAGCUGUGGAUAUACUAUCAGAAUUAUUGGAGGAUAUCAAUGGAAAAAUCAAUGGAUUCGAAAAAGAAUUCGAAAAAAUCGAAUCUCUCCAAAAGGAAUUGAAACCUAAAACAAAAGACGCAGAGAAACAACAAAUGGAACUACUAAACGAUGUCAAUGCAAAAUUAAAAGCCAAUCAAGUGAAGCUGGAAAAUCAUGAAAAGCAAUUACCCAAGCUAUUGGAUCUGAUGAAGUCUCUGAAGCAAAUGUCUGGGAAAAGUGUACAUAAAUUGCCGAUCUCAUUCAUAUUGGGCUCUGAAAAUUUUCCACUUAGCGACACGGAAUAAAUUAAACAUUUAUUGUGUUUUUAAUAAAAUGUCUUUAAAAGUCAAA